GGGCGGUGUGCGCCCGUCCACGAAUCCUCUCUCCCCGUCUCCUUCCCCGUGUCCUUUCUCCCUUCUUUCCCCUCUCCCCAUCGAGGUACCCGUCCCCUCCCAGCCGGCCGUCUUCUUUCCCCGCCGCUCCUCCUUUUCCUCUCCGGGCUGGAGGUACAGAGAGACCGGGAGGGAGCGGGCACAGCCGCGGCGUUGCUGCCUCUCGCCCUCCAGCCCCGGGCUCCAUCACAGACCUGUUGUUCUGGAGCACCGGAGCCUGCGUUGAGCCAGACGACUUCAGCCUAAUUGGCGCAGCUGGAGAGAAGAAACGGAGAGGUCAAUCCCUCCUCCUGCACGGCCAGGGGUGCAUCGUGUCACAGAGAGCAACUUGGAUGGGGAGACGGCACCUGGAGCACUCGGAUGCCUGAGAACAGUAGAAAGCUGGGAGGCAGGAGAUUGGCAGACUCAUGACAUGUAUUGCAGGCAGGCACUAGAUGGCAGGGGACCGGUAUCCUAGAGUGCUGGCUGGAAUGGGGCCAUGCUCACAGUUCCCAAAUGCAGGAAGACUUGAGCUCAGAGGACCGCUUGUCAGGGAUAUCUGUAGUGAAUCCUGUUCCCUAGAUACCGAGGUUUCCAAAUGCACGGGCACCAUCAACUCUGCAUCCCUGGAGUGUGCCCUAGCCCAGCAUUUCCAUGCCCAGCCCACGGGUUCUUGCCCUGGCACCCAGCAGUGGUAUGCCCGCCAGCUGGCACUGAGCCCUGCAGGACCUGCACUGACACUGAGUGAGCCCACAGGCCCCUCCAUGAGGCUGGCUGGACCACGGCACUACCACCAGCCUAUCUCCUGUUGGGAAGCAGGCAGAGCAGCCUGACAUGAGCCACAACAUUCAGAAUGCCAGCCCCGAGGUCAACUUGCUCUGUGAGCCAUCAUUCCCACAAGCACACAGGAAAUCCCUCCCCAAAUGGGCUCAGCUUCUCCCAUGGCUGGGCACCAGUACUUCGCCUCACACCUCCAGCGGUCUGAGCUCCUUCAAGUGUACCGACUGCUUCCUUAGGGCAGCUGACCUGGAAUCCUUUCUUUUCCCCGUUCCCUCCCAGAAGGAUGCAGAAUCCCUUCUUACCAGCACUGAGACUCAUGGUUGCUGCUACCAAAACGAUUGCAGCUCUGCAUCUUGGACCACAAGCUCCAGGAUGUUCGCAGCCACCAAGAAAAACGUAGAUGCAGGAUGCUUGGGGCACAAGCGGUGUUGCAGCAUCUCACUGCCAAGUGUCCCAACUCUCUCCGCUCAAUGCCCAGAGGAAGCUGCUGGGCUCCACAGUCCCAGAGUGCCAUUACCUAUCAGUAGCUAUCACCAUAGUCCUGGGUGCUGGCUGGGAGUUACAAAUGCCAGCCAGCGUUCUGCCUCCGUGAGCAAGGCUGGGUCCCCCUCAGGUUUGUUUUGAUUUUUUAUUACCGUUCUGAGUGGGAUCGUUGCCGUGGGGGAGCCAGGCACAGAGAGGAUUUGCAUGAAGCUCUCGGUGCUGCAGGGUUGCUAAUGGCGAGUGCUGUUUCAGCUGGUAGCAAGUUUCAUAAUCUUGGCCCACCUCUGGUGGUUGUUCUGUUCCUCAGGGCCAUAAGCAUCUUUUCCCUUCUCCUAUCCCUCCCCUGCUCCCCAAAGUGGUCGGCAAUUUUGUUGUUCCACUGGAAUAUAUCUGUCACGUGAGGUCACCGCUACAUAAGUAGAGGUGAUUGAUUGCUUAGGUUGCAGGGCCCCAUCCCAUGUUGAAUACCGGCUUGGAGACCUUAACCAGACCCGGUUCUCGCAGGAGAGCGGUGUGGAGAGGCACGGUGAUGCAUUCCCGACAGAUUGAGUGGCUGAGCAAACAGACUGCUGCAUUUGGAACUAGCUGGAGCGCUUGGAGAGCAGACAGCUCCAUUCCUAGAGGCACAGUAGCACAGCAGUCGAGCCCGAGAUGCUACAAAAAUACAGAUAGAUCAUCGUCUGCCAGCCGAGCCAGGCAGGAGUGGGCGCAGCUCCCUUCCCAUCCCCAGAUGGAGGAGGCUGCCCGCUUGUCACCAGCAUGUCCUGCGUGUGCUCAGCCUCACCCAGCAUCCCCGGUCAGAGUCGAUCUCUUCUCAGCACCGAGAGCUGUGAGAUUCUCAGAUUUUAGGGCCAGGGGACCAUUUUGAUCAUCCAGUCUGAUCUACAGUGCUGCACAGGCCAGAGAAUUUCACCCAUUUCAUUUCCUGUGUCAAGCCCACAGCCUCGGGUAGAACUAGAGCAUCUCUUUGAGAAAUACAUGUAAAUGCUUCAGGCAGCAGGGAAUUCACCGAGUCUCAGGCAAACCGUUCUAGUAUGUAGCCCUCUUUAUUAAUAGUAUUGUUCCCCAUAUGAAUUUGUCAAACUUCAGUAUUUUGUAACAGAAGGUUACAGAUUGCUUUUGAUGUGAGCGAGCUACAGCACGGGUAGUACUGCACGUGGCUGGCACCUCCACUCUUCUAUUCCAGUGAGAGCUUUUAUAUUGGAAUAGGAUUUCUCCUUGGGACUACUGCAUACCAGAGUUGUGGACAUGGAGGAGUUGCCCGUAGCAAAUCUCAGGGCUUCAUCCAAGCACGGUGGCAUCUGUCCUCCAGAACUCAGGAGUCAUAUCUGCGGUUCAACCUGUGCUCCCUGCUCAGAGCUGGCAUGCAGCAGGUUGCACUCCCAGGCACUAGUUAGGGUGCACAUUCCCAGCUCCCUUGGUGAGCUGCCAUGUGUGCUUUGAGGCAGGGCUGCUGAGAUCUGCUCUCACAUCCCAGCUGCAGUGGUUGUGGGCUGCAGGAGAUUUACAGAGGGAGGACGCUUGGCUGUAUCACUGGCUUAGGGGAGCAGCAGCAUGAUUUGGGCUUCCAUCCUGCAAAUUCACUCAGAGCAACUCCUAAUCUCCAACUCCUGGAUUGGCUCCAGAUCUACGGUCUGACCCCGUAGUGGGGUCUGUAUGCAAUAGCAACGAGCAAUGUAAUUCUUACUCCUUGCUUCCAAGCACCGAGAUUCACAAACUGAGCUCAGUGAAGUGCCCUGGGGAAAUAGCUUUGUCAUUCACACUCUGUCAUCUGUGCAUAACAGGACGCUGGAACACGGUGAUGAAGGCCCUGUACCUAGAGUGAAAGCACACAGGUCCAUCUCUUCACCCUGGAAGCAGCCCUGUCCAUUUUUAUCACAAUUAGACCUGGGAGACAGCUGAAUGCAGGAACUGUGCCAGGUGGUGCUGAUGCAGAAAUCCAGUCUCCCUGGCAAACAACAACCACCUGAAUGGUGUGAGGUGCAAAGACACUGGGAUUUGUAUCUCCAGGCAGGAAGAGCAUUCAAGCUUCCUCCUUCCCCCCAAAGAUCUGCUAUUCUUUUCAGCAGCAGGAUAGAAACUGAGUCAAGGGCAUUUGCUGUGCUUGCCCUGAAGCAUGGCAGUGUCUGUCCUCAGGACACAACUCCCCCUGUCAGCAGCUCAACGCAGAAUGCCCCAGACAUGCUUUAUCUGCUGCUGUGCAGGUACACUGCAGGGAGAUCCAUGCCCUGCUCUCAGCACCAGUGCUGAGUGCAUAGGAGAGUCCAGCCCUUGCUGCUGGCAUUUCAGCACGAAUUCCUUCCCCUUUGCUCUCAUGUGGGAGAAAUGCUGGUGCUCUUUCAUCAAACAUGCCUGCUCUGCUCGUGCCAGGACACACACUUGAGUCUCUGGCCUCGAUAUCAUGAACAAAACAGAAUGCACUGACUGGCAGCAACUGACAUUGUCUCAGUCUUGCACUCCUCUGGAGCUGCCUUUAGGGUAGGGCAUAAGAAAUCACUUGCUUUUCACUGUCUGUGGCAGGAUCUGUUUACAAAAGUGCCUUAGGUCUGAGCCUUGCACCUGAUUUCCAGCUGUCACCAUCACAGCAGAUGUGCGGGUCUCGCUCCCUGCCCUCAGGUCUGGUUACAGCCACAACCUGCUUCCUAGGGCUGAAAUUUAGGUUUCCAGGUGCAAAAGCGAGAACAGUUUGGGUCUGUAGGGUAUAGUAGGGAUCCCUGUUUUCAGGCUUUAGAUCCUGGGAAUGCUCGGUGCUUUUGCUGGAGUUCACUGAGGCAGGCAGUGCAGGGAAGUCUCUACUGCUAGACUGGAGCUGGGUGACUCGUGCCAUUGAGCAAACAGAGCAUGGUGAGGGGGGGGGAAUGCAGGCCGGCGCUGUGCCCCAUAUCGUGCCAUAGCUCUCCAAGGAGGAGUGCUGGCACUAUUAGUUGUGUCCCCCUCUGCCCUGUGGGACUAGCAUGGCUGUUCACCUCCAGAUGGAGAGAAUUUCCACUUCUGCAGUGGCACUACCCAUAUUCACAUCUUCGGCCUGAUGCCAGUGCUGUGACUGGUAAUUCCAUGCAGAAUGUGUCUUUUCACCCAGAGGGAACAGCUGUCUAUUACCAGCUGUGGCAUCCUGAAGGCAGCCCAGUGGUUUGCAUGCACCCUGGCCUGACAGACUCACACAGAGAGAUUCCUGACAUUUGGAAUUCCCUCCCUUUCCCAAGUCCAAAGGAAAUUCUGUCUCAGAUUUCCUUGCCAGACACGAUCCUCCACAGCAUCAUGAUCACCAUCCAGAUGGCCAAGAUCUUGCUAGCAUGAGGGAGUCUCUAGCUUUGGAAGAAACUUGCUCCAUUCUGCUGCUUCUCCACAGAGCUGCAUUUUAACGAGCCCCUUCUAAGGCUUAGAGGUUCAGGAGCAAAGUACAAAGAAACGCUGAGAAUAGCUGCUCUUUUGUCCUCAUCUUCAUCUGUGGAUCUCUCCAGAGACAGAUCUUGCCCUGGAGGGAAGGGCAGGGCACAUUAGCCGACAAUUCCUUUUUUCCUGUGAACUUUGUUUAAAUAUUUAACAGAAGAAAACUAAAAAUAUCCCGGGUUAAUGCAGUGGGAACCAGACAGAUGCUCUCUUCUUAGGUGUUCUUCCUCCCAGCCCCUCUUUUCAGGCGCACGCGGUGGGGCGAGGGCCCCCAGCCCAGCGAGGAAGGCUGCAGGAGAAAGGCUUCCAGCUCGGGAGGGGCUGCGGUGCAGGGCUGCCAAGGACCAAGAAGGGAGACAGCCGCGGCUCCCUGGGAGCUGCAAGGUGCAGUGCGGCGGGCGCAGGACUGGAGAUGCUCAGCCUCCACGAUGACUCCCUCCUGAGUUCCCAGGGCCAAGCGCUCUCUUUUCUCCAUCCCAGAACCGCAGGAGGGCACAAAUGGGGGUUGUCAGUGCUCGAGCUUCCCCCUUCACGGUGAAGGGACAAGCUGAAUGUCGUGAAUGAUUUUUCCUGCAUGAAGUCUGUGCUGCGGAGUGAAUCCCGGGUCAGGUACAUAACAGCUCACUGGGGAAGGGCCGGCGCUGCGCCAGUCGCUGAAGGGAAGAGGCAAGCGGCAUGAAGGGCAGGCGGCAGCGCAGCUGCCGGACUGGUGCCGAAACCCAUCCAGGUGCUGCGCCCGGCCCUGCGCUGCCCCCAGCGGAUGGGUGACUGGCAAUGGGAGAGCUGGCGGAGGAAGGGAGGGGCGGUGCGGUGCGGAGGACGCUUGGACAAGGAGUGUAGAAAGUGAGCAGCAUGAGGCAGGACCUCGCCGUGUGACGAGGUGUUGCUGCAUCUGCGAUGGACCCCGGUGCCUGCAGGAUGCCUUUCCUGGUCUCCUCCAUCCACUCCCUGCAGCUAUGGCACUUCCUCCUCCUGGUUUCAGCCAUUCCUCCACCCGCCGUCUGGUCUCUCCGCCCUCGUGGCCCCAUGGCUGCCCGGCCUCUCUGUGCCCGUCGCAGCCCCUCGGCCCUCCGGCCCAUAUGCAUCUGGGACAGGACCUCACUGCCGGAGUGGGAUUCACGCCUUGCCACGCCACGCCAGCGGGUCCUGAUCCCCCGAGGAGGGGACCAGCGCCAUACCGUGCGGCUGAGACGCCAAGCAGCAGGAGUCAGGCCUGCCACCCCCUCUGGCUUUGAGGAUGGCAUGCCUUCCUCCCAGUACCCCUGGGCCAUAGUGUGGGGCCCCACAGUGUCAGAUGAGGAUGGAGGGGAUGCCAACUCGGCCAACCCCGGCUUCCCACCACUGGGUUACACCUUUGUCUCACCACGUGGGAUGGCGACGGCGCAGCCCAACUCCCACUCGCUGCUGCACAAUGCGGGGCUCAAUCUGCGUGAGACCCCAGCCACCCUGCGGCCCUUCCUGUUCGGGCCCCGGGGUGAAGGAGUGGAUCCCCAACUGUACGUCACGAUCACCAUCUCUAUCAUCAUUGUCCUGGUUGCCACUGGGAUCAUAUUCAAGUUCUGCUGGGACCGUAAUCAGAAGCGCCGGCGCCAUUCUGGGCAGCAGAGCGGUGGGAGGCAGCAGGACAGCCAGCAGCCCCUCACAGACCUGUCCCCCACUGCCAUCAGCAUCCUGGGGCCCUACAGUGACUCCCUAGCACCCACCCCUGAAGCGGAGGAACCCAGGCAGGGGCAGGAGGGUGUAGAGAAACUGGGGGGCCAUGGGAAAAGCACCGCCUUCCAGCUCAACCGAAUUCCACUGGUGAACCUGUGAUGCAGAUGGGAGAAGCAGAGCUGGCUCCCCGACCCUCCUGCCACAGCGGGGAGCCCACGCUUCUGCCACCUCUGCUACCCCAGGAAAAAAACAAUCUCCUUGUGCCACGGCCCGCUGCCACAGUCGUUAACUAACUCCACCAGGAUGUGCCUGGGCAAAUGGACGAGCUGGGUCUUGCUAGCAUCCUGAGGGGGAAGGUUGGAGGCCACCGUGCAGGACGGGAUGCGGAGCGAGCAGGACGUGGGAGGGGAGGCAGCUGUUGGUUUUGUGAAGUCAUAGCCUGCCCUGCCUUUCUCCUCGCACACACACACACACGCUGUCCGACCUCUGCGACUCUGCCACCAGUGCAUGCCUGACAAAGGGGUAGGUGAGGUGGAAAGGCGUCCCCUUGUCCCCCUGUCCCCAUGGCCCCUCUGUGUGUCCCUUCCUGUGUCGUGUGCUUUGAUGUGAAUGUCUGGAGUUCAGUGGCUGCAGCUUCACCUCUGGGCUUGGGAUCAGGUGGUGGCAGAUCCUCCUGUUCCCAAGGCCUUGGCUUUCCUGAGGGCCCGAAGGCAAAUCUUGGGAAGAAGAGGCUCACAUAGCACCUGUCCCUCUCAGCUAUCCAUUUCCUUGAAGGAAGCAUUACCCCACCUUUGAUAUUCACAUCUUCCCAUUUUCUUUCUGCCUAGCACUCCUCUGUUUUCUGUCUUCAGCUUGUAUCAUUCUUCAUCUUAGUUCCCAGUGUUUCUAUUUUUUUCUCUCAGUUCCUUCUCCCCUUUUCUCUUGCCAGUUAAGGUUGGAAAAAGUUCCUUUAGUUUUCCAAAUGUUCAGAUCCCUUGGAAGUCUCCUUGCUGCUCCGUUCUGCCCCCUCAGUCUCCUUCAUCAAGGUUUUAUCUCUACUCUGUGGUGAUGUUCAUCAGAAAAUCAGAGUUGAAGCCUUCUGGGCAUUUAGCAAGAGUCCUGUCCAUUGAGAUCCUGCUGAAGCAGCGAAAAUGCAGCAAGCAGAUACAGCUGCGUACGAGGAGUGUGAGCUUUGCUGGGCUGUGGUAGGGAAUUGCUUUUUGACACUCGGGCUGCAGGCAAUGAGCAGCAGAGAUGACUCUAUUUGCUUGGGAUGGAAAAGAGUGAUUUAGAGAGCUUUGGGGGUUGACAUGCGCUAUUGGGAGGUCUCUUUUGGAAUGCCUUGUGAUGGGAGAGCCCUGAGGCAAUGCUCGCCAAGGGCAUGAGAGAGGGGUACCUAUGUGCCGCCAGACACGGGAUGCCAACUUCCCUGACCACACAUUGUUAGCAACAGUUGUUCCCCCCCCUUGGCUUUUGUGGAUACCUUCAAAUAAAUUCGCAGACUAACAUAGCAGCCACUGAACUGCAGAAUGAUACAAAUUUAGGUAAGGUUGCCCCAAGACCUAAUGGACUGAUGGGUCCAGAGACAGGAACUCGGCCACCAUUUUAAGGCUGUAGUGUACGGCACAAGGUCUCUGACAAAAAAUUAUCUUUUAUCUCCAAAAAUAGGAAAUGGCCUUUCCCCCUUUAUCUCUGUAGUAAGAGCAUAUUCUUGACAGGACAAAGCACAGGGAGUUUCCUACAGGGUCUGGUUCUGCCCAUUUACCCAGCUGAACGACUAGUGAUCCCAGGUCCCACCUGGCUCACUGUGAAGGACAUUUAAAUGAGAGGGUAACUUACAAUAAGCUUCAUGGAAAACAGUAGAGAUUUGGAGAAAAUGACAGGUCAAAUAAAGUUAUCGGCUUAUUAGAAGCACAGAAUGGAUGAAAGAUGUAGGUGGAAAAGGACUCUGGAGGUCUCUAAUCUAAGCACAGGCUGAGUCUCCACUCUCAGCAGUGGAUAUUAUUGCUUCACUGUAAACCAAUCUAUUACUGAGCUUUUUCUUCACUGAGGCCCCUCUCGAGGCUUUAGUGGACAUUUCAAGUUGCGGACAGACAAACAAGGGAGCCCCUGGCUCUUCCUGCCCGCUGCCCUGCUCCCACCACCCCUGAGUGCAGGUCAGGGCUGUUCCCCCUCGCUCUGGCAUGAACAGAGCUGGAGAGGGACGUCUGCACGCAGCCUGCAAAGGGCUGCAUCAGUUAUUCCUGGCAGUUUACAAUAUAAUGCCUUCAACUUGUUUAAGUAAUCCUCCAGACCGGGCUAAUUAGAUUGCUCUUUGAUCAAUAGCGCUCAUUGAAACAAGGCCAGAGUUUAGACUCUACCACUUCAAGGGCUGUCCUUGGACUUUCCACAUGCUGUGUUCAAGAGAAGCCCUGUGAGAAAGUGGCAGGGCACUGCAGAAGGGGUAGUGAAAACCUUUUCCAACACUUGCUGCAGGAAAGCCCUGUGCUCUGCUGGACAUGCUUUGUAAACUCUGCAAACACAUCAGAUUUCAGUGUUUUGUUUUGUUUUCCUUUAAUGUGUCUUUGUUCCUAUUUAAAGUAUCUCCAAGGAAUGAAACCUUCCAUGGACAUUGUGGUAAGAUGGAAGCAGGGAAAUGCUGUGAAGAAAGCUCUUAAAAUAACAGAAGCUUGGAAACGCUGAACAUCUUUUCCAACACCAACUAUUCUAGCCAAACAUGUUUUUAUCAUGGUCAUUCACUCAUGUGAAACAGGUUAAAUAUGGGAAAAACCUUCACUGUCCUUCCAAAAUUCAAAACAUUCAAAAUGUGUUCGGACACAUAAGCUUCUUCCAGUCAAUAAAUAAUCUCACUGCAUCUGUUUUCCCCAUGGCUGGAGCCUUACAAACCACCUUCCCCUGUGCAGAAUGGAGCCUGCCACCUCACUUGGUCCAGGUAAUAUUCUGUGAGAUGCGCGCACACAUGGACCAGUUGACACCACCAAGCAGAGGCCAGCACCCUUUCAGUCACAAUCUGACAGGUUUCCCUGUCUUCCGGGUGACCGGAGGAAAAAGAUCUGGGUUGAAUUUUGCCCAGUGGAAAUUUCACAGAGAGAAAUGUGUGUGGGAAAAACUACUGAAAAAAUUUGUUGAGUUGGGCUGGACCUGUCUGAUAUUUCUGGUCCUUUAGAUGGAAAUGUCUGGGUGGGCUGGGCAGCCGCGUCCCUGUGGAACUCCUCAAGGGACUUGCUCUUGCAAACAAGAGGCCUUGUCUUCCUUCUGGGGUAAGGAAGAAAGGCUCAGGGCACAAUCCUUCCCCCCUGCCCUGUGUUGUGUUGGAGCAAGACCCCGACUCUCUUCACCCAACAGAGUGAGGUGACCACUAGGCCAAAUCCUGCCUGAGCUUUCCCAUCUGGUUGGUGAUGACUGGUUGACAAGGGAACAGAGCUCAGCCAUGUGCUUCCACAGCUCUCCUCCAGUGUGACUUACGGCGACACAGCCAGCCCGGCGUCCCACAGCUUCAGAGAGGGCUAUCUACCUCUUCCUCUGCGGCACCGAAGUGCCCUUGUAAAUCUGGCCCUUCACACCCUUUCAUGCUAAGGAAAAUUGCUUGGAAAGGAGCUGUUUGCUCACCUCCCACACAUUCUCAUAUGAAAACACCAUCAUCUUCAGAUCGGUCUGAGUAAAACUGUGGUUUUGGCUUUUCGCUCUGAAAAACCACUCCUAUGGCACAGCAUUAUAGUCAAGUCCUGCAGUACAAAAGCCCUGAGCCAAACUCCAGCUAACCAACCAUACCCCGGCUAUGUCUCACUGUAUUCUAGCCCUACCUUGGCAAGACAAUGGAGGGGGGCCCUUCUUUCACCAGCUGUCAGCAAUCUGUUCCUCCUUUCCUGUUGUUUUCCCCCUCCCACUGUUUCCCUGCUCCUGUCCUGUACCAGAGUCUCCCUCCAGGUUCUGCUCCCCUCCUGCUGUUUUGCUCUCCCACUCUGCUCUCGUUCUCUCUCUACCAUUUGGUCUCGUUCUGCUGCAGCUCCCACCCUCCCUUUGCUCUUCCUCCUGCUUUCCGCUCGGUCUCGCUCCCCCUCCUCUGCCCUUGUGCGCUGUGAUAUAUAUUUUUGUAGGAUUUCUCUUCUUCUUGUGGUGAAAUACUCAAUUCUUGUGGGAUGUUAGUUUCAACAUUUUUAAAUAAACCUUUGCAAAAUACUGCAAGCAAA